AUGGGUAAAAAUUUCAAUGAGUUCGACCUUCCUAAGAUAACAGACGAUGUUAACUUACAAGAUGCAGGUUAUCGUGAGUUACAAGAAGAGUAUGGGAUUGUUUUGGAACCUGAACACUUGAGUGCCAAAGAUUCACUUAAUCCGGACCAAAAAAACGUGUUUGAUGAGAUCAUGAUGCAUGUUGAUAAUGAUCUUCCAGGCGUGUUCUUUAUUGAUGGUCCAGGUGGAACUGGAAAAACAUUUUUGUACAUUGCCUUGCUUACUGAAAUUCGGUCACGUGGUCUUAUUGCUCUCGCAAUAGCUUCAUCAGGUGCAGCGGCUAAUAAUAUGCCCAGAGGUAGAACGGCUCACUCGAGAUUCAAGAUUCCUCUUAAUCUUGAAAAUAAUUCAAUGUGCAAUAUCAAAAAACAGAGUGGGGCCGCUAAACUGAUUCGGUCUGCCAAAAUAAUCAUAUGGGAUGAAGCGUCGAUGGCUAAACGACAGGCGAUAGAGGCAGUCGAUCGUACAUUCCAAGACAUUAUAGGUGUUAGUCUCCCAUUUGGUGGAAAGAUAAUGGUUAUGGGAGGUGACUUCAGACAAGUGUUGCCGGUUAUUAAACGUGGCACUCGAGCACAGAUUGUAGACUCCAGCGUACGAAUGUCACCUCUUUGGUCUUUGACUAAGAAGAUGCGGUUGACCAUAAAUAUGAGAGCGCUAAAAGAUCCAUGGUUUUCUAAAUUUCUUUUAAGAGCCGGCGAUGGAACUGAAGAACCAAUCGAAGGAAACUAUAUCCGCAUACCCGAUGACAUGACAAUUCAGUGCAACAACAGAGAAAACGCUAUAAAAGAAUUGAUCCAUGCCAUCUUUCCAUCAAUUGAAGAUAAUGUAUAUUCUUCAGAUUAUAUAAUCUCUAGAGCAAUAUUGUCCACUAAAAAUGAUAGUGUUGACGAGAUUAAUAAUCAAAUGAUUGAAAUUUUUCAAGGGGAGGAAAAAGUUUAUUACAGUUUUGAUGAAGCUGAAGACGAUCAGCGCAACUUCUGUCCGGUCGAGUUCUUAAACUCGCUAAAUGUUAGUGGUUUGCCGCCUCAUAAGCUUCGUUUAAAAAUUGGAUGCCCAAUAAUAUUGUUACGUAAUAUCGAUCCAUCACAUGGCCUGUGUAAUGGCACGCGAUUGAUAUGUAAGGGUUUCAUGCGAAAUGUUAUUGAUGCGGAAAUUGCAGUCGGUCAACAUGCCGGCAAAAGAGUUUUUUUGCCAAGAAUCCCUCUAACCCUUUCUGAAGAUGACAUGUUCCCAUUCAAGCUGAAAAGAAAACAAUUUCCAAUUAAUAUCGAUCCAUCACAUGGCCUGUGUAAUGGCACGCGAUUGAUAUGUAAGGGUUUCAUGCGAAAUGUUAUUGAUGCGGAAAUUGCAGUCGGUCAACAUGCCGGCAAAAGAGUUUUUUUGCCAAGAAUCCCUCUAACCCUUUCUGAAGAUGACAUGUUCCCAUUCAAGCUGAAAAGAAAACAAUUUCCAAUUCGACUUAGCUUUUCCAUGACGAUUAAUAAAGCUCAAGGUCAAACAAUUCCGAACGUUGGUAUUUAUCUUCCGGAUUCUGUAUUUUCACAUGGACAACUUUAUGUCGCGUUAUCAAGAGGGAUUUCAAGACAAAGUACGAAGGUGUUGGUACAUCUCGCCAAAGAAUUCAAACAAAGCGGAGUUUACACAUCAAAUGUUGUCUACCAGGAAGUGUUGCGUGAUUAA